AUGAGCAGCCCAGCCCUCCCCAAGCUCUUGGAACUUGCAGCCCACAGCCUGCUGAGCAGCGAGGCCUGGGGGAUCCCUGCCUUGGAAGAGUUUACGGUGGACCUCUUCCCACCACUGCUCACCGCAGCCUUCGCCAGGGGGCGCAAGAAGGCCGUGAAAGCCCUGGUGCAGGCCUGGCCCUUCCCUUUCCUGCGCCUGGGCUCCCUGAUAGUGCAGUGGCCCAGACAAGACAGCUUGCAGGCCGUGCUGGACGGCCUGGAGGACUGCCCGGGCCCCGGGGCCUGGCCCAGCAGGAGGUCGGAACUGAGGGUGCUGGAUCUGACCCUGGACUUCCAGCAGGUGCAGAGUAAAGGGGUCUCGGAGGCCCUGGCCAGGUUCCCGUUUUGGUUACCAUCGACCGUGAAGGCGGAGGCGUCCCAGGCCGCGGCAGGGCCCAGGCCAGCAGAGAACACGAAGAGAGGGCCAAAGCAGCCAUGGGAGCCGGUGGAGCUGCACAUCGAUCUUUUCCUGCGUGGCCCCUUCAAACUGGACACGUUCCUCUCGGGCCUCUUGACCAAAGUGGAGCGGAGCGGCGGGUCCCUGCGCCUGUGCUGUCGGAAGCUGCACAUCGAGGAGAUGCCCUUCAACAGCCUCAUAGGCAUCCUGAAGACGUUGGAGCUGCAGUGCAUCCAGGAGCUGGAAGUCUUCGACUGGUUCCGGGCGCUGUCGGAGCAGAGUCUGUUCGCCACGCAGCUGGGCAGGAUCUGCAACCUGCAGAGCCUCAAGCUGGCCUACUAUCACUGGGCCUUCUCUCCCGAGGGCGAGCAGUCCUCCACCUACUUCCUGUCGCAGCUCAGCAAGCUGGCCCACCUGCAGAAGCUCCACCUCUCCUACUCCUACCUCUCGGGCAACCUCCACCAAGUGCUCAGCUGUCUGCAGGCCCCGCUGCUUGCCCUGGAGAUCCGCUCCUGCACCCUGCUGGACACCGACGUCACCUACCUGUCCCAGAGCCCCCACGCCACAUGCUUGAAGAGACUGGACCUGAGUGGCAACAACCUGUCCUACAUGGUGCCAGGGCCCCUGGAGGCGCUGCUGGGGCAGGUGUCGGGGACGCUGCAGCACCUGGACCUGAACCACUGCCGGCUGAAAGACGCCCACCUCAGCGCCAUCCUGCCCGCCCUGUGCCGCUGCUCCCGCCUCAGCUCCCUGGGCCUGUCCGACAACCCGGUGUCGCGGGCCGGCCUCCUGAGCCUGCUGGAGCGCACAGCCACGGGCCUGACGGAGCUCAAGCGGGUUCUCUACCCGAUCCCGGUCGAGUGCUGCGUCUACCUGCACGGCCUCUCCUGGGGGCCAGUCAAUAAGGACAAGCUGUGCCAGGUGCAGGCCGAGAUGCAGGCGCUGCUGCAGGCCGUGCAGCGCGCCGACAUGCACUGGAGCCCGCCGCUGCCCUCGCCCCUGCCCGUGAGGCUGGUGCAAUUCGACUGA